AUGAGACGACGGGAGGCGCUCUCUCGCACGCUGUGCACCGCGGACGCCCUGAUGAGGCCGGAGCCCGCCGGGGGCCAGGAGGCCCGCCCGGGCGGCCCCGAGGACGCGCCGCCCUCGCCCUCGCCCUGGGCUGCCCGCUGCGCCCGCAGGCUCCGCCGCCUCCUGCCCGUCGGCGCCGCGCGGGAGGCCCGGGAGCUCGUCCGGAUCGGCGCCCCGGUGUUCGUGGCCCAGCUUUUGGGAUUCCUGAUCAGCGUGGUGAGCUCCAUCUUCUGCGGCCACCUGGGCAAAGCUGAACUGGAUGCUGUCACCUUGGCCGUAUCGGUCGUUAACGUGAUCGGCAUUUCGGUGGGCACCGGAUUGGCGUCCGUCUGCGACACCCUCAUGUCUCAGACAUACGGGAGCAAAAACGUGAAGCGAGUCGGGACCAUCCUGCAACGCGGGAUCCUCAUUCUCCUGCUCUUCUGCUUUCCUUGCUGGGCCCUGUUUAUCAACACGGAGCAAAUUCUGCUGCUUUGCAGACAAGACCCAGAAGUUUCUAGGUUAACUCAGGUUUAUGUGAUGAUAUUUAUUCCUGCUCUUCCGGCCGUAUUCCUCUACCAGUUACAGACCCGGUAUUUGCAGAGCCAGGCUAUCCUCCUGCCCCAGGUGGUGACCGGCGUGGUGGCCAACGUCUUGAACGUGGCGAUGAACGCCAUCUUCCUUUACACGUUCCAGCUGGGCGUGGUGGGUUCUGCCUGGGCCAAUACGCUUUCGCAGAAUUUGCAGGCCGUACUGCUGUUCCUGUAUGUGUGGUGGAAGAAAAUUCACAAGGAGACCUGGGAAGGCUGGACGCUAGACUGCUUCCAGGAGUGGGGCUCCUUCAUCCGCCUGGCUUUUCCCAGCAUGCUGAUGAUCUGUAUCGAGUGGUGGACCUUUGAGAUCGGGAGCUUCCUGGCAGGCAUGAUCAGUGUCGUGGAGUUGGGAGCUCAGUCCAUCAUCUAUGAACUGGCCACCAUUGCUUAUCUGCUGCCACAAGGCAUGAGCGUGGCCUGCAGUGUCCGGGUGGGCAACGCUUUGGGCGCUGGCGACGCGGAGCAAGCCAGGAAGUCGUGCGUCACGGGCCUCCUCUGCACCGGUGUCUUCGCCGUGGUGUUUGCUGGGCUCUUGGCAGCCGUGAAGGACGUGGUGGCCUACGUCUUCACCAACGACAGAGAGAUCGUUGCGUUGGUCGCCAGAGUGAUGAUGAUUUUCUCUCCCUUUCAUCUCUUCGACGCCAUCGCGGCGACCUGCGGUGGGGUGUUGAGAGGAGCCGGGAAACAGAAGUUUGGCGCCAUGGCCAACGCCAUCGGCUACUACCUCGUUGGUUUGCCCAUCGGAAUCUCGCUGAUGUUCAGACUGAAGCUCGGAGUAAUCGGUCUCUGGACCGGUUUGAUUGUCUGCAUCUCUCUGCAAGCCGUUUCUUUCUUAGUCUUCGUCUUGCGUGCCGACUGGAAGAAAGCCGCGGAGGAGGCCCAGAUCCGAGCCGGGCUGACGGCCCGGGUACGAACUACUGACGCCGACGCUGCAAACAAGCCCGUGCCCUUAGCCUACCUCUCCACGGAGGCGGAGAUUCCCAACGGCGACGUCUUCGUGGUCAGCAGGCCGGACCACCAACUCAUCGAGGCCGAAGAGUCCCCGCAUCUCCUCGUUGUCCCGGCCACGGAUGUCUUGUCGGGGAAGGAGCUCAUUUGGCGCCGUGGGCUGGCCCUGGUGCUGGCCGUGACCUCCCUGGUCGCCGGCAUCCUGAUCCGCCUCCUUUUGAGUAACAGCUAGGCGCCUGAAAGGGACGGACUCGUGUGCGGGGAGGGGACGCCCCGGCGAGAAAGAGGCUGCCGGGUCUUGACCGGGGAGGUGAUCCGACCCGUCUCCUCCGUUUACGAAGAAUCGCUUCUCCGCCCGGAAGUGAGACGGUGUCUUAUCCGGCCUGAAGAAUACUGGUUCGCCGUUGGCCCGUGUCACAGGCUGGAGGGAACCGCUGUGUUAUGCCACUUCCUUGCUCAUCCGUAAAAGGGCGAUAAAAUAGACAUUUAUUGGGCGGUUCAGCGUCAGGCGUCGGUUUCGGCUGAAAUCACCCGCCCCCUUCCUUGCCGAUCAAAUCCUUUUAAUUCAACGGUGCGGAAACUUCGCCGCCUGGCCGUAAUCUGGCCUGUGGGGCACCCCAGUCCGGCCCACCAGCACCUCCCCUCCCGCGGUUAUCUCCGAAAUCGGAUCAGAGGCAACAGCGGGGCGGCUGCGACCGUGCGACGCCCCUCCGGAGGCAAAACGGAAAGCCGUUUUCGCGUCGUCGGAGUUUUAAUACAACAGCCACGCGGAGUGUGCCAAGCGACGGAGCCUCCGCUGGGUUGGCCCCUCGUGCCCCGUGAGCGACCUCUCUCGCCAAAUGUGCGGUUUCUUUCUUUGUACUGUAUGUUUGGGUGGGUUUUUUUGGUAAUUCCGUCUUUUGGUACGGUUCAGGCUUUUUACAAAUUAAACUGUUUUCCGAGUUAUUUUAA